CCGCGCCUCUGCCCCGCAGGCCCAGGCCGUCGAGUCGGUGCGGCCCAGCUCCGACGUCCAGGAGUCUCUCAAGGGCCCGCUGCCGGACGCCAUCGCCCUGCCCGCGGCACCGGCGGCGCCACCCGCGGCAGUCGGCGGCAGUGCGGGUGCCAACGGCGCGAUGCAGUCGACCAGCAACGCGCCGCGCCGCCCCAACGACAAGCUCGCCGCCAUCAAGCACAAGACGGGAGGACUGCUGCCGCACGAGCGCAGCGACGCAGCGCCGCUGGAGCUGCCCCCUUGGGACGCGGCCGCCGCCCGUGGGGAGGAGGUCGCCGACGAUAGCCAGGAGGAGGAGGACCUGGAGCCGCGGUCCACCACGGCAGUGGAGGCGCGUGCCGCCCCCGCGCCGCCGGCCCCGGUCCCCGCAGGCUCGAGCCCCGUGGCGCCGCCCCCGCCGGGCACCCGCCCCACGCAGAGCCAGGGCGUGCGGCCCGCCGGCACCGUGUCCGUGGCGCACCUGCACUGCGGCCUCGGCUACUACCGGGACCAGACCGGCCGCUGCCGCCGCGCAAGGCGCCCCUCCUCGUCCAACACUCGUAAACACCACCAUGGCACCAGGAGGCACCGACCUGCCCCCGUCCAGGGCGGCGCCAAGCCUGCCGCCGCCGCACCCGCAGCAACUCCUGUGUCCGAGCCUGUGAAGGACCUGCCGUCCAAGGAAUCCUCUGUCAAGCAGGCGGCCCCCGUUACCAAGGACACUGCCACAAAGACCUCAGCGCCUAAGCAGGACGCCAUCGUUUCGGACUCGAAGGAAUCCGUAAAGGAGGCAACCCCGAUUUCUGGCACCCCUGCCAAGGACCCCGUCGGUGAGUCGGCGAGUCCAGUGCCCGCCGCAUCGCCAUUGGCUGUCGCAGCGAAGCCCGCCGUGAAGGAGGCGGUCAAGGAGCCCGUGAAGGAGGCCCUCAAGGAGGUGGUGAAGGAGCCCGUCAGCGCGCACAAGGCCCAGCCCGUGAAGCAAGCCCCGGCGAAGCAGGCCGCAGCCGUCAAGGUGCCGGUCCAGGACCGCAUCGCCAGCAGCGGCCACAAGGCGAGCAGCACAGUCAGCGGCAACGUGAACGUGAAGGAGGCCGUCAAGAUGCAGCCCGUCCAGCUGAAGGCGCCCCCUAAGCCACCCCUGAGGGAAGCUCCCGGGGUCAAGCCGCAGCGACAGCAGCCCAACAAGCCCGUGGCAGCGGCCGUCAAGGACAAGGAGGCCCCGAAGGUGUCCCACCACCACGGCCAGCACAAGAUCACCGUCAUCAAGGAGGACACCAAGCCCCGCAGCCCGCCCGCGCCCGUCAAGGUCGCCGUCAAGGCAGCAUCCCCGACUGCAGUGGCCUCCCCUGCCACCCCCGUAAAGAAGAACUGAUCCUCUUCUCUGCGGUGUCACUGAUCGAUUUGAUUAUUGGUAAUAUUCGAUCGAUUUUUGGUGGGAUGUGCAAAGUAUGCUCAGGGGCAGGGUGAGAGUGUCUACAUCGCUCCCUUGUCUACUUUCCGUCGGAAAGUAAAUGAAGGGCCUUCUAGAUCCGCCCAUGAGAGAAGGGCGCCCUGGAGUCCCA